UUGAUGAAAAUGAACAAAACGAAAUAUUUAUGAAACUGUAAAGUAAUGUUGCUUAGGAAGGAAAAAUUUGUGCCAUUCACAUUUGCUAUCGGUUGUUGAGUGGUUGUCGUCCUUUUUGUGUGUGUUCAUAUGGCGCCAAAAAAGAAAGAAGAAGAACCUCAAAGAGCUGUUUUGGGAAGGUUUUCUCACAACUUGAAGAUGGGCAUACUUGGACUUCCUAAUGUUGGAAAAUCAACGUUCUUUAAUACUUUGACAAAACUGAGUGUUUCAGCAGAAAAUUAUCCAUUUUGUACGAUAGAUCCUAACGAGGCAAGAAUACCUGUACCAGACGAGCGUUUUGAGUGGUUAUGUGAAGUAUAUAAGCCAGCUAGUAAAGUUCCCGGUUUCUUGGAUAUAUGGGAUAUAGCCGGACUAGUAAAAGGGGCACAUGAAGGUCAAGGUUUAGGUAACGCUUUCCUAAGCCAUAUUAUGGCAGUUGACGGGCUUUUCCAUGUUUGUCGUGCUUUUGAAAAGGAAGACGUCGUUCACGUCGAAGGUAACGUGGAUCCAGUUAGAGACCUGGAGAUCAUAUCAGAAGAACUCAUAUUAAAAGAUUUGGAUCGAUUGCAACGUGAAAUACAAGAACAAGAAACCAAGAUAAGCAGAGCUGGACAUAAUGCUUCAAAGGAACAAAGAUUGGAGUUGGAAACGUUGAAGAAAGUGAAAAGCUUUUUGGAGGAGACAAGAAAGCCUAUUCGAUCAGGUGAAUGGUCCAAUAGUGAGAUUGAAGUGUUGAAUAGACAUCUGUUUUUAACUGCAAAGCCGCAAGUUUUCCUCGUCAAUCUUUCUGAAAAAGAUUAUAUAAGGAAGAAGAACAAAUGGUUGCCGAAGAUUAAGGAAUGGGUUGAUUCUAGGACUGGGGAAAUGAUUAUACCUUUUUCUGCAGAUUUGGAGUCCAAGUUGUUAGAUUUAGAGAGUCAAGGUCCCGAACUAGCACAACAAUAUUUGGAAGAGAAUAAGACAACGAGUGCUUUACCGAAAAUUAUCAAAGCAGGUUAUCAAGCGCUCCAUUUGAUAUACUUUUUUACGGCAGGAGAAGAUGAAGUAAAGUGUUGGACUAUUCAAAAGGGAACUCUUGCACCACAAGCUGCGGGAACUAUUCACUCUGACUUUGAAAAGGGUUUUAUAUGUGCGGAAGUAAUGAAAUAUGACGAAUUGAAAGAAUACGGUUCCGAAAGUGCUUUAAAAGCCGCAGGAAAAUAUCGUCAACAAGGAAAGAAUUAUAUGGUUGAAGAUGGCGAUAUUAUCUUGUUUAAAUUUAAUGUUACGAGUUCGAAGAAGAAAUAACGCUCUAUAUUUACAAUAUUCAUUCUCAUCGUCAUAGUAAAAUACGUUACGAGUCUUCAUUUUUGGUUUCUUG